GAUGAUGAUGGGUAAAAAAACAGAGUCAAGCAAUAUAUGUUCCCAUAAAGUUUGAUUCUUGAUUCUUGUUGGUAGAUUAUCUUUAAAGGGAAGUCUUUUUUUCUGAGUUUGAAGAUCAGAAGGAGAUGAUGGGGGCAAAAGGGUCAGAGAGUGAGAUAAUGUUAAUGGAGAGGAUGGGAUCAGAAAACGGGUCGGGUUCGUCAAGAAAGAAGGAUGAAGAUCAUAACCAGAAGAUGGGGAGGAGAGAGAGGAGCUGCUGGAAGUCAUCCAAAUCUUGCUCCUCUUCUAAGCCCUCUCUUCUUUCUGAUCCUUUUUACAGUCCCAUUUCUGAGAGAAUGGAAAGAUCUAAAGUUGAUCAAAUGGGACAUAGCAGAAGAGCUUCAACCAGUUCUAAUCACAGACUUCUGCAGAGUGAUCAUCAUUUCAUGGAGGUUGAUGAGAAACAAGAAACACCAAACAGGAAUCCAAAUCAUCAUCAUAAUCAUCAUCAUCAGACGACCAGACAUGCAUUGAAGGACGUGUGCCACAGCCUGACAACCUCAAAACAGCUCCUCAAAGUGCUGAGCCGUGUCUGGAGCAUCGAGGAGCAGAAGUCAACCUGCAUUUCCCUCUUCGCCACCCUCCGGUCCGAGCUCGACCGGGCGUGCCUCCAGGUCUCCAGGCUCAUCCAGGACCGGACGGCGGCCCAGAGCCGCGCCGAGAUCGACCUCGUCUUGAGGCGGCUCGAGGAGGAGAAGGCGGUCUGGCGCAUGAAGGAGGAGUGCCGCGUCCAGACCGCCCUCGCCUCCCUCCUCUCCGAGCUCAAGGCCGAGCGCAAGCUGCGCAAACAAGCCGAGCGGCUCAACAAGAGGCUCGGCCGGGAGCUCUGCGAGGCCAACACGUCCCUUGCCAUGUCCACAAAAGAGGUGGAGACACAAAAGAGGGCAAUGCAGGUGCUGGAGAGGGUAUGUGAGGAGCUCGCGAGAGGCGGUGGCGGCACCGAAGAUAACUAUAAGGCGGCGAAGCUCAUGGAGGAGGAGGAGAAGGAGAAGAAGGAAAGGGAUGAAGAGAGAGUUGGGACGAAGAAGAUGGCCGAGUCGAGAUCGUUCGAGUUUGAAGAGUUAAAGAACGAGCUGGGGUCGCAUUUGGCCCGGGAGGAGGAUAUCGGCGGCGGCGGGGAAGGGGGUGUUAUCUGGCAAUCGUAUUCCCCGAGCCUCGAAAAGCUCAAAGCCCUCGAGAAGCAUUUCAGGGAAACGCUUCCUGGCGGGUACCCUCCUCCUGCUCUGGCGGCGGGGCGGGAGGAGGAGGAGGAGGAGGAAGAGGAUGAGGAGGGGGAGCUGCAUUGUAUAGAGCUGAACAUGGAAGAGGGGGGAAACAAUGGAGGGAUGGGGUUUGAGAGUGGGUCAUCUGAAGCUUGGAGGAAUGAUUAUGAUGAAGAUGAGAUUGAGAGAUAUAAUAUGAUUAAGGACCUUAGAUACCAUUUUGUUUCUUCCUCCAAAAUUAUCCCACCCUCUUAAUAAUUAACAUAUAUUGGAUAUAUGGCACUCCCUCCUAUUUAUACCAAGAAAAAACUACCAUUUGUUAUCAUCAAAUUAAAUUGUGUGUGUUCUUUGUUUGAGGUUGUUAGAACUCAUUGAGUUGUUUUUUAAGGUUGUUUACUAUAGAUUAUGAUUUUUUUUUUGAAUAAUAUCAACAUAUAGUGUGAUUUUCCCUCCUUUCUUGAAAAUAAUUCUGAUUUUGACCAAGUAUUGAAAUAAGGAAAUGUUAAAUUG